GGGGGCGCGUAGCCAGCACGCACGUUGCACGGCGAGUCGAAGCGAAGCGGUCUCCGUGGCCACUAGUAGGUACUCUGUCGGGGCCGGUCUCACUGAAGCGAGUGGUGGAGACGUAGAAUAUUUGGGCCUGGCGGAAGCCAUGUUUGUGGCACGCAGCAUCGCGGCGGACCACAAGGACCUCAUCCAUGAUGUUUCUUUCGACUUCCAUGGGCGGCGGAUGGCGACCUGCUCCAGCGACCAGAGUGUCAAGGUCUGGGAUAAAAGUGAAAGUGGUGAUUGGCAUUGUACUGCUAGCUGGAAGACACAUAGUGGAUCUGUGUGGCGUGUGACAUGGGCCCAUCCUGAAUUUGGACAGGUUUUAGCUUCCUGUUCUUUUGACCGAACAGCUGCUGUAUGGGAAGAAAUAGUAGGAGAAUCAAAUGAUAAACUGCGAGGACAGAGUCAUUGGGUUAAGAGGACAACUCUAGUGGACAGCAGAACAUCUGUCACUGAUGUGAAAUUUGCUCCUAAGCAUAUGGGUCUUAUGUUAGCAACCUGUUCAGCGGAUGGUAUAGUAAGAAUAUAUGAGGCACCAGAUGUCAUGAAUCUCAGUCAGUGGUCUCUGCAGCAUGAGAUCUCAUGUAAGCUAAGCUGUAGUUGUAUUUCUUGGAACCCUUCAAGCUCUCGUGCUCAUUCCCCCAUGAUAGCUGUAGGAAGUGAUGACAGUAGUCCAAAUGCAAUGGCCAAAGUUCAGAUUUUUGAAUAUAAUGAAAACAUCAGGAAAUAUGCAAAAGCUGAAACGCUCAUGACAGUUACUGAUUCUGUCCAUGAUACUGCAUUUGCUCCAAACUUGGGAAGGUCUUACCACAUUCUAGCCAUAGCAACCAAAGAUGUGAGGAUUUUUACAUUAAAGCCUGUGAGGAAAGAACUUACGUCUUCUGGUGGGCCAACAAAAUUUGAAAUUCAUAUAGUGGCUCAGUUUGAUAAUCAUAAUUCUCAGGUAUGGCGAGUGAGUUGGAAUAUAACAGGAACAGUACUAGCAUCUUCAGGCGAUGAUGGAUGUGUAAGAUUAUGGAAAGCUAAUUAUAUGGACAAUUGGAAGUGUACUGGUAUUUUGAAAGGUAAUGGGAGCCCCGUCAAUGGGAGUUCUCAGCAGGGAAAUACAAAUCCUUCCCUAGGUUCAAAUAUCUCAAAUCUUCCAAAUUCAUUAAAUGGAUCCUCUGCUGGCAGGUAUUUCUUUCCCCUUCUGGAUUCCCCACGAGCUGGAUCAAGAUGGUCCAGUUAUGCCCACCUCCUUCCUCCUCCUCCUCUUCCUCUUGUUGUAGAGCAGUCUUGUGAUGUUAACACUGCCAACCUCCAGUAUCCUCACCCUUGCAGGCAAUCUCUGUCUCAGAAUCUUAAUCUGUUACCUGAGAAUGAAGGGAUUUAAAACACUAACUUAAAACUUAAAGGUCUUUUUCAAGUGCUUAGGGUACUUUUAUUCCUGGCUGCUUUUUGUUUUUCUACAAUUUUCUUUCAGAAAAUUUUUCUAAUUUAGGAUCUGUCUUACAUGUACCCAUAUUAAAAUUGGAACACAGUGUUUAGCACUUAAACAUGUUUUUGCUUCUGCAUCAAAGGGACAUUAUUUUCAUUGGUUGAUAAUCUUUGAUGAAAAGAGAUAUGUACAAGUAAUGUUUAACUGUGAUUCACCCAGUAGCUGAUUUCAUAAUGUCUGUACAUUUUAUUUUGAACUGUUGUUACAUGAUGUUAAGUUUCUAAUGGUUCGGCAUACUGGUUAAUGUGAAAGCAUAUCAUUAUAAAGUUCAAUUUGCCUUUGAGACAUAUUAAGAGAUGUUUUUAAUUUCACAGGCUAAUAUUGAAACUGAUCAGUUUGUAAAAUAAAUCAUUCCUGUCUAUAAAGCAGCAAAAUAUAAUAUAGACUGGUUGGUCUUUAUUUUAAACAAAGUAACUUGUUUUUACUGCUUGGAAUUACUGUUUAAAGCUUUUGUAAUUAUUCUUUGAGU